UGCGAAGCAUAAAACAAAAUCAUGCAAAGUCCAUUUUCUCUGCGUAGUAGUGAGAGCCUACGAUGAAAGCACGUUUGAGUGCGUUUUGAUGCGGCACCGACUUUGCGGUCUUUAAUUUUCUCUCCGUUUAUGCGCGUUGAGAGCAAACUAAACGCAUGAAAACAUAAAAAAUGCUAGUUGUUUUUUAAGCGUUGCUGUGUUAGAACAUACAAAAGUUUGGUUGAGAACUCCACAAGUGCGUAUUAAUUUAUAAAAAUAAUAAUGGAUGAUUUCAAAUUGAUACGCGAAGUACAUAAGCGCCCAUUUUUUUAUACAAAAUGUCAAGCGGGCUAUCGGAAUUCCAAGCUUCGCAACAAGGGCUGGACAGAGAUCGGCGCUAUUUUGAAAUCCUCUGGAGACGAAUGCUGCUCACGCUGGCGUGUAAUUAGAGAUCGUUAUGUCAAAUUGAUUGCCAAAAAAACUGCAAACAAAAAACUGACCGAUAUUGAAAGUAAUUGGGAGCUUUACCCACACCUGGGUUUUCUGAGAGCCCACAUUCAAUCCAGAACACAUAAAACUAAGCUUAAAAAAUCUGAGUCUAACGAAGAAACUGAAGAUUCUCUCAUGUCAAUGCCUGACAUGGAUUGCGAGAAUACUUUACCCAUUGAAAUCGCCACAGUUGAAUCCUUGCAUCAAACACGAGCACGCAUCCCUGAAGCAUCUACACAACUUAGUGAAAUACAAGAAAGCCUCUCAACUUUUAUGAAAAAUGUAGAAGAACUUCUGAAACAACGCCAUACAACUCCAGCUGAAGCUAAUAAAAAUGAGGCUUUCUAUCGAAUGGUGGGCGCGAAGCUGGCUGAACUGCCGGAGGAAGAGCAGGAAGAGACGAAAUUGUACAUUAUUUCACAUGUAUUCGAAAGGGUUAAAGUGUAUAAACAGCAAAUGAAAUGUACGCAAAAAAUCGGAAAAACCUGAGGAAAUCAUGCAAGCAUCCAUAAAUAUGUAGAUAUAUAUGUAUAUAUAUAUAAG